AAGUUCCUCAGCUCCUCACUUUAAUGCUGACUGGAGUCCUGGGCCGGGAAGCAGCAGCUGUGUGUGAGUGAGUAUAGCUCUAGAAUGAAAUUGGUUUGGCUAAGAGAGUUGAUAACUUUGUUUCUAAAUUAGAAUGGUCUGGAUAACUUAUACUUUUAUAAAAGUGGUUUUUUUUUUUGUUUGAAUAGUGAUCCAUAUUUUCUGUGGCCGUUUACUGUUUAGUUAUUGUGUUGAGGAAUGUCUGUUGAUAUCAGCACAUCUCAAUGUUAAUAUAGGAUAACGAUGCUAUACAGUUAUAACUGUGAAACUUUGUGAUGAUAAUUUUCUCAUUUUUAUGACUUUCAUAUUUACUGUAAAUGGUAAUUUACAAAGCACCUGGUUGUGGUGGUACUGUCUAAUUUUUACUCUAAAAUAGCAUUUUUUUUAACCAUAGACUAAUCAUAGAAGUAUAGGUUUUGAAUACCUGUUGUGAACUGUAGAUGUAUUAGAAUGCCUGUCUAGUAGCUUAGCACAUCUGACUCUACGUAAAAGGAAAUAGGAAACCUCGCACACAGUCAUGCUCCAGGCUUUGCUCCUUCUGGCAGCUCUUAUUGAGUGGCCACCCUGUCAUGCCCAUAAUAUGGGCUCUGUUCCCAUUAUCCAGUAUCAUGUCAGGGAAGAGCAGCACUCAGGGACAAAGGUGGGUUGCCUCCUUGAUGACCUACGUGAACGUGGGGAAACAGGAUCACUGGAAAAUUUCCGUGUCGUGCCGCAUGGGCAUACUCUACCAGUCACAGUUGAUUCAAAGGAUGGUACCGUGUCAACUCUGGGCAGGCUGGACCGAGAAGAGCUAUGCUGGGGAACAGAAUUUUGUGAACUGGCCUUCAGUGUUCUCUACAGAAAGGCUGGUGCUAUGCAUUUCCUGUCAGUUCGUGUGGAGGUGAUAGACCAAAAUGACCACAGCCCAGUCUUUCCCAGCCGAGUGCAGGAGGUGGAGAUCUCUGAGACAGCCUCCCUGAGAAUGCGUAUCCCUCUGGACCGGGCUGUAGAUCCAGAUGCAGGACCGAAUGGCUUGCAGACCUACACCCUGUCUUCCAAUCAACACUUUGCUUUGGAUAUCCGUACUUCUGCAGGGGCCAAACAGGCUGAAUUGGUGGUAAUCAAAGAACUGGACAGAGAGUUGCAGCCAACUUUAGAACUUGUUCUAACAGCCUGGGACAAAGGAAACCCACCAAAAUCUGGAAGCACAAAAGUUAUAGUCACAAUUCUUGACUCCAAUGACAAUAGCCCUGUAUUUGAGGAGGCCCCAGCAGUUAUCGAGCUAGCAGAGGACACUGUUCGUGGGAUGAUUGUCAUUAAUCUCCGCGCUACAGAUCCGGAUCAAGGUGCUAAUGGGGAGGUUGAAUACUCUCUCAGUAAACAUUCCCCACCGGAAGUGCAAAGACUAUUCAGCAUAGAUGCCAAAACUGGUGCUGUGACUUUACAAGGCCCUUUAGAUUUUGAAGAAAAGAAUGUGUAUGAGGUAGACAUCCAAGCUCGAGAUCUGGGGCCCAAUGCUAUCCCGUCUCACCACAAGCUGCAGGUCAAAUUGCGAGACGUCAAUGAUAAUGCUCCUCGCAUACAUAUAACAUGGACUCCACCAGAUUCCCCUGUUGCAACCGUUUCUGAAGGAGCACCAAAUGAAACCUUCCUCGCUCUUGUGAUGGUAUCUGAUGCCGAUUCUGGGGCAAAUGGGCAGGUUCAAGUGCAAAUCCUGAGUGGAUCUGGCCCCUUCAGACUGAAACAGAUCCAUGGAGACAAUUACAUGAUUGUAACCAACAAUACACUGGAUCGUGAGAGACAAAUGGAAUAUAACCUCACUCUUCUAGCUCAGGACCAUGGUGAUCCUUCUUUAUCCUGUAUUAAACACUUGACUGUCUAUGUUUUGGAUGAAAAUGAUAACGCACCAAUGUUUGUCAAAAAUCACUACCGGAGCGCCGUUAAAGAGAACAACACUCCUGGGUUACAUUUUUUGACUGUGGAAGCUCAUGAUGUUGACAUGGACCUCAGUGGAAGGGUAUCAUUCUCCAUUAGAGAAUCAAAUGAACUGGGAACACCAUCAGCAUUUUUCUCAGUCCACCCCAGCAGUGGGGCUGUUACUGUCCAACAAUCAUUAGACUUUGAGGAAACCCACUCCUACUCAUUUAUUGUGGAGGCUGUAGAUCAAGGUUACCCACCAAUGACCAGUACUGCAACAGUGCUGGUUGAGAUACAGGAUGUUAAUGACAAUUAUCCUGUAAUCCACGAGCCACUACCCAAGAAGGGAAUUGCAUUGGUAAGUGUACCAGUAAAUGUGGACAAAGGGGAUAUUGUGACUGAAAUUGGGAAUAAAGCUCUGGAGGAGAACUUUUACAAACCAAGAAAUUACUCGUCCCUUAACAAACCUGAAGGUUUUCUGGCCACCACCAUUCGGGCCAGUGAUCCAGAUUCUGGUCUCAAUGGAAGACUCAGUUUUAGAAUAACAGAUAGCAAGCCGUCUAACCUAUUUUUUCUGGACAAAACUACUGGGCAGCUCUAUGUUAACACAACCAAUGCCACAGAAUUCAUCAGCAGAACUUUUAAACUGGGCAUUGCAGUAUCUGAUAUGGGAACACCUAUGCUAACCACAAGAAUCACUUUAGAGUUGACCUUCAUUAACUUUCGUGACCACCUAAAGAACUUGUCUCAUGAUCACCAGGCCCAGUAUAGUUUUACAAUGCUUUUGGCCAUUUGCCUUGGAUCAACCUGUCUGGUUUUAUUUCUAGCCAUUGCUCUGGCCAAGACAUUCUGUCAUCCUGACAAACGGGACAACCGUGCUUAUAAUUGUAGACAAGCUGAGUCAACCUACACACGUCACCCACGACGCCCACAAAAGCACAUCCACAAGACUGACAUUCAGUUGGUACCAGUGCUUCGGGGUCGAAAAGAAACUCCACAAGAAGAUGAAGCUGGGACGUUGUCAUGUACAUCACCUUUAGUGGAAAGGCCUCAUCCACAUGGCCAGUUUACACUCACACCAACCCUUGCUCGCAUGACUCAAAAUCAAGCACAUACAGAAGUGGAUGGGAACCCACCACUCACUCAGAGUAAGAUACUCAGGAAGCCUGGGAGCAUAGAGUGGAAUGGAGCACUUCCUUGUAACCCAGGAACUCCAUCACGAACCCUGCAAAAGACCAGAAACUCUUCCACCUCUUCUUUUGCUAACUCACAGACCAGCACACUCAGACGAAACAAAAAUGAAGAGGUGAAGCUUACUAUCACAGAUGCCUCAGAAACUAUGGUUACAGUUCCCAGUAAUCAAGCCACCUUACGGAGACCAAAGACAACAGAAAGAAGAGGAAAGAUGGAAGAGUCAGACCACAGGCAGAUCCUGAGGAACCUUGUUCGACUCUCAAUGGCAGCCUUUGCAGAGAACGGUUCAAUUGAACUGUCCUCUGCUUCACCUGAGGUGCAACAGGUGUCUCAGCUCCUGUCUCUGUUGCAUCAAGGGCAGCUUCAGCCUCGACCAAAUUUUCGUGGCAACAAGUAUUCUCACAGAACUGGCCGGUCAGGGGCUCAGGAUGCUGAUUGGCUGAGCACUAAAGACAGUGGUCAUGGUGAGAGUGAAAUGGGUGAUAUGGACUGGGACUCACCUGUGGACCCCGUAUAUGAAGAAGGUCUCAAUAAUCUGCUGGCUUCUGAUGACGUGUUCUCAGACAUUCCCGAUCCGGCAUGGAUAGCUCGUCUUUCUCUUCCUCUGACAACUGACUACCACGAGAACCUGUUUGUCCCGGAUGGGCCGCCCUCCCCUGAUGCCCACUGUCCCCCGGCCGGCCCUGAUGAUUCCGUUUCCUUCUCUACGUUUGGUAAAACACCAGAGAAGGCCCCUCUGGGUGGCAGAGCUCUGAUUUCUGAAGUGAGCUCCUUGUUUGAGAUGCUGUUGACGCAGAAAGCCGAUGCCCAGUCGUGUCCACCUGCUGAUGUGCUCUACAGGCUAUCGGCGGCUUAUAGACGCUCGCUGGGGUUAGACGCAGCUGCUAACGGAGGUCCUGCCCACACACGUCAGCAAUAUGCCAACCCUAUGCCAUAACAGCAGAGAAUGUUUCUUUUCUGGAGCCAUUUCGUUUUGGGGCCCAUACAAACAUUAGUGACAUUGGUCAAAACGUCCAAACAGCAUUUUUUUUUUUUUUUUUUUUCUAUUCAAUCAGGUCUGGCUGGAACAGGCUAUGCCCAAGAACUUUUUAUAAUCAUAUUGGCAGUCCAUUAUAAAACUGAUUCUUU